GGUUUUACAGGAUCAACAGGUGACCGAUCAUGUACAAUAUUCCAGCAGAAGCAGUGAAAGUAUCUCCGGCUGUUCACUCAGGUGUCAGGAAACCAAAUCAGACUUUUGCUCACUGGCUGAAUGCGUUUCUUUGUAAAACUCACUGAAUUCUCGUGGCUUCUGUUUCUGUGUCGACCCUGCCACACCUGGACAGGUCCCACCUUUCUUCCUCGGUGGUGUGAAAGUGGCGUAUGUGUCACUCGGGGUUUGGUAAAUGUUUGGGAUGCUGAGAGCCCCUCACCCUGGAGCGGGGUUCUGUGUUGCGUCUGUUUCCUGCUGGAGAUGUUUGCGCGCAGAGCAGGCGCGCGAUCCUCCACGAGUCUCGCCUUUAACGUUGCUGGACGCACGCGUGACAGUGUGAAAGAUGAAUGACUCUGUGUCCAAUUUCUCCACUUGGAAAGCGGAGUCUGCGCUCGUUUGCGUGGGAUUCGCCGUCAUCUUCCUGCUCGGCACGGUGGGGAACUCUCUGGUGCUCGCGGUCUUGUUUCGCAGCGGGCAGAUGAACACCAAAACCACCAACCUGUUCAUCCUCAACCUGGCCAUCGCGGAUCUGUGCUUCAUCGUGUUCUGCGUGCCCUUCCAGGCCACUAUCUACACUCUGGAUGAGUGGGUGUUCGGACCUGCAGUCUGCAAAGUGGUGCACUUCAUCAUCUUCCUCACCAUGUACGCGAGCAUCUUCACCCUGACAGCCGUGUCCCUGGACAGGUAUUUAGCCAUUUGCUACCCGCUCCGCUCCCGAGAGAUGAGGACGCCAAAGAACGCACUCACCUCCAUCGGCCUCCUCUGGGCCCUGGCCUUGGUUUUCUCUGGACCGUAUCUCAGCUACUUCUCACAGAUGGACCUCGCUGGCACUGUUGUGUGCAUUCCUACAUGGGAGUCCAAACCUCGCAUCAUAAUGGAUAUGUGCACGUUUGUCUUCGGCUACCUCGUUCCCGUGCUGGUGCUCGGCCUCACCUACGCCCGCACCAUCCGAUACCUGUGGACCAGCGUGGGCCCCUUGAAGGACAUGUCCGAGUCGAGGCGGGCCAAGUGGAAAGUCUCCAAGAUGAUCAUCAUAGUCGCUGCUCUCUUCUGUCUUUGCUGGCUUCCCCAUCACCUGGUAAUCCUCUGCAUGUGGUUGGGCCGAUUCCCGCUCAACUACACCACCUAUGUCCUCCGCAUCCUCUCACACUUUGUGGCCUACGCCAACUCCUGUCUCAACCCCAUCGUCUACGCCCUCGUGUCAAAGCAUUUCCGCAAAGGCUUCAGGAAGGUGUUCAGCUGCUCGCUGAAGAGGAGGGAGGUCAAUAAGGUGCAUGUUCAGGCAGUGAACAUGGUCAGCAGCAUCGAUGUGUCCAAUUAAAGGUAACAGCCUCAGAGGAAGAGCCAGCCAUCUACCACAUGCUCAGUUCUAAACUAACAACGCUGAUCACAGAAGAUCAAGGUCUUCACAACGGUCUCCCGACCUCCAGGACAUUUUUAGCCAUCAAAGGCUGGCAGAUGACAACAUUGUCUACAAAUUCAGUCGAGGAGUCUGUUACACAAGACUGUUUCGCAAUCUUUACUUACAUGUAAAUUAAAAUGUACUAAGUCGGAUCAGUUAAUUAAAGUCAAAAUCAGCACGAGAGAAGACGAUCUUCACGAAACUGUCUUAAGCUUGAGAUGUCUCAGCUAAUUUAAAAAUAUAUAACAGAUACUAGCUUUGGAUUAAAUUGAUCCAAUAGAUGUCUGGGCACCCUCAGUGAUGCUUUCUAAGGCCAGCACUUGGUGUGAUCGCCUGAUUGGAUCCUGGAUUUGAUGACGGGCAUUCCUAUGAGUGAAUUGAUGUAGUCUGUUCGAUGUGAUGCCAAACCUGACUGACACUGGUGUUCCCCACUGGGACUUUUUCUGUCCAUGCAUUGUCCCAGAAAUCAUCAGUGUACUUGAAUGAGUUGUUGUACAUAGAGAAUAUUCAUGGUCCCCAUUGGAUGAAUGGGACCUUCCCCCUAUCCCAGCCGGCCGGCAGGUGAAACCUUAGAUGUGACCUGUAGUUUCUGUCGCUCUGGGCGUGUGAGCUUGAGAACAAAACAGUUACUGUCUUUAGCUUUUAUUUCAUGCUGUUUAUAUGCAGUAGUGGAGAAAUCUGUGUAUGGAAGGUUGUCUACUGACACAGCCCGGCUCAAAAAGGAAAGACCAGACAAGGCAGGGACUUAGAAAAUGAUCAUUUAUUACCCAAACACGACUAAAUCAAAAGAAUGUGUUCAUGAGGAGUGUAAAGCACACACAAAGUAUGUAGAAAGUAAGGAAAAUCCCAGGAAUUGUGCUGUAGAUUAGACAGUCCGAGUCAGAGUCGGGACAGAGAGCCUUGGAGAAAGGAGGGAGCUUUGCUUCGCUGGGCUCAGGGAGCUAAUUAUCCCCCAUUAGCUCCUGCAGAACAAAGCACGGCACAAAAACCAAAAUGGAACAUUUACAGUUGAAAUGGGGCCGUUACGCACAUUUGGGAUGCGUACCUGAAUUCAACAUUUUGGUUUUCAUAUUCAAACAUUUAUUAGUAGUUGAAAAAUAAAGGUGUAAAAACAGUUGGAAAAGGCUCAGCCUCCACGCCAUCCGCCCGAAAGUUGAUCGAGACACUGACAUUUACAUAUUUAAACUUGAGUCUGACUACGACACUAAAUAUUUUAUUAGCUCCGUUAACUUCUGUUUUAUGUUGUGCUUCAGUGUAGCUGCUACAUUAUUACAUGCCAGCUGUGCCUCGUAAUGCAUGUUGGUGCAGGCGGGAGAUCUGUGAGCGUUAAAAUCAUCACAAAUCAGCAGAGUUUCAAACAGUUUUCAGUGCAUUUGUUUUGGUUUUAGUUGUAACAGAGUUUCAGUCGCUGCAUUAAAAUAACAAAAAGUGUGUUUAAUGCACCCGGUCCUGCUCUGCGUGUUUCUGUAACUGCUAUUCAGCUACAUACAUAUGUUGAUUCUUACUGUAUGUCAUAAAGGGCAAAAUAUCAUGAAUCUACUCCUCACGCGUGGAGUGUUUCUCUCUCAGGACCGUAACAGAAGGCUUCAUUUCAGCUGUGUCUAAAUGACCUGAUGCUUUUAUUAAUAUGUAACUCGGGUGUUUUGUGUGCACAUGUACUCAGCAUGAGGACGCUGCGCAGGAGGUCACGCAACAAGGCCCAGAGCUGUGCUGAAGACACACAAAGAACAUUUUAAAGCGUGAGGCCAUGUUAGCAUUUCUUAUUUAGUGACUUGACUUUAAAAAGCACUUUUUAAAAGUGUGUCAGCCAAUUACAACAAAAAAACAGAGGGAUGCAUAAAAACCAAGACAAAGAUAAAACGCUGCUUAUUAAAUGCUUUUUUGUGGUAAUAAACAAUAAAUAACAUUUUUAGAUACAGGCAAGCUGUGAAUCAUGAAGAUGUGAAAUACAAUAAAUCGUCAUUUUCAUGUCACAGCUGACUCACUGAGUCAGACAUCUUGUUGAAAUCACACUUUUCUUUAAUCUCAGGCUGCUCAUCAGAUCAUUAUGA